AAAUGAAUGUAAUGGAGGCAUAAUUUUUUGUAUAUAACCGCGUUUCCCAGCUGAAGGGAAAACUUAGACGUGUAUUUCUGCAAGUAGAAGCAGCGUCGAGCAUAGUCUUUGUGAAGCUGACGUCGGUGUAGCUAGUGCUUCGUGUUAGCUGACCAUGUCUGCGGAGGAAGCGGACAAAACGACCACCACUGACGCCAGCGCCGGGGAUGAGGAGGAGGAAUGGCUGUAUGGAGAUGAGUCUGAGAGCAAAGAUGAAGACGAGGAAGCCAAACUGAAUGCUGCAGUCAGUGCACCUGCUGAUGCUUCAACAGAAGAUGCGGGAGCUGAUGCAGCUGCACACGCUACAGGGAAUGGAGUGGCCUCUGAGGCGACGGCUGAAGCUGCAGGAGAGGACGUUGACAGUGACAGCGACAGUGAUGAUGACGAUGAUGAUGUCCGCGUCACCAUUGGAGACAUAAAAACCGGAGCACCACAGUACACACCUUAUGGAGCGCCGCCUGUUAAUCUCAACAUAAAGACAACAGGCUCCAGACCUUAUGGACAAGCUGCCAAGUUGAAAGGAGUGGACCUGGAGGCUCCCGGAAACAUUAACGGCGUUCCAGUGCUGGAGGCCGACAUGGAGUCCUUUGAAGAAAAACCCUGGAGGAAGCCAGGAGCGGAUCUGUCAGACUACUUUAACUACGGCUUCAAUGAAGACACGUGGAAGGCUUACUGCGAAAAACAGAAGAGACUGCGCAUGGGCCUGGAGGUCUCUACUGUCGGCUCAGUGACAAGCAAGAUUACUGUUCAGCAAGGCAGGACCGGCAAUGAGAAGGACAUCUCCAGUUUGCCUGUUCACACCUCAAAGCCAGACUUCACAUCUCCUGUCAGCCUGUACAAGCCUGCUGUCAGUCAGGUCACCAGGAUCUCUCCCCCUCAGUGGCCUGGCCCGCCUGUUCAGGACAUGUCCUAUUAUACGAAGCCGAGUGGUACUAUAGAUGUCAUUGGUGGGGGGACGGCCACCAUCAGCAGGGUUGAAGGGCGACGCAGACACAAUCUAGAAGGCAACAAUAUCCAGGUGAUCGCUGAACAGUCAGACGCCGAGCCGACUCCAGCCAAGAUUCCCACCUUCUUCCCUCCUGGACCACUUCCUCCAAACAUUCCUCCACCUCCUUUCCUCCCUCCACCACCCAAUGUCAACACUGCACCCCCACUCAUCCCCCCACCCAGGUUACCCAUUACCGUCCCUCCUCCUGGUUUUCCUCCUCCACCCAGCGGGCCUCCUCCUGCUAUCAUUCCCACUAUGGACAGGUAA